AUGGUCACCGUCGGCAUCGCCGGUAUAACCGGCAAAUUCGCCAGCCUCAUCGUCAAAAACCUCCUCAACAAUCCUAACACUACCAUCAGAGGCUUCUGCCGCAAUCCCUCCAAACUACCAGAAUCACUACGCUCUUCACCAAGGGUAACCACCAUCCAAGGGAACUCAGAUGACCUCGACGCCCUCCGCACCUUUGUCCGAACCUGCUCCGUCGUCAUCUGCUGCUACCUCGGCGAUAACAAUCUCAUGGAAAAUGGGCAGAAACUGCUCAUCGACGCGUGCGCACUUGAGAAUGUACCCCGGUACAUCGCGAGUGAUUACUGCGUUGACUUUACCAAACUCAACUACGGAGAUCAUCCCGCCAAGGAUCCCAUGAAAGCUGUCAAGGCAUACUUGGACACGAAAGAUAACGUGGCUGGUGUGCAUGUUCUCAUCGGCGCAUUCAUGGAAACAUUCUGGAGUGGAUAUUUUGGAGUCUGGGAUGAGAAGGAACUCAAGUUGAGAUAUUGGGGUGACGGCGAUGAAGUGUGGGAAUCGACUACUUAUGAGACUGCAGCGGAAUAUGUUGCCUCUGUUGCGGUGGAUGAGAAUGCAGUCGGAUUGCAGCAUUUCCUGGGUGAUAGGAGAAGUAUUCGUCAGAUAGCCGAUGACUUUGAAGAGGUGUACGGACGAAAACCUCAGCUUGAGCGCUUGGGUUCAAAGAACGAUCUAUACAAUACCAUGCAGGGCAUCUUUAAGAAGGAUCCUGGCAAUAUCUAUGCUUAUCUCGCCAUGUUCUACCAAUACUACUGCAUCAAUGGACAGACCUAUCUGAAAGCGGAUUUGGAUAACGUCAAGUAUCCUCAUGUGAAGCCAGUUAGCUUUAAACAGUUUAUGCUGGAACAUGGCAUGGAGGAGUUGGCUGAUGCUUAUCAGAAUGCGGGAUUGAGUGGAUGA